AUGGCUGGUUGGUUCUCUUCAACUUCGCCGCUCGAUGAGCAGAUCGAGCGCGCAACGGGUUCCUCGCUAGAGGAUAUUGCCCUCAAUCUCGAAAUAUCCGACAUGGUCCGAUCGAAGAGCGUGCAGCCCAAGGAAGCAAUGAGAUCCUUGAAGCGACGGCUGGAGAAUAGGAACCCCAACAUUCAGCUGGCGACUCUGAAGUUGACAGAUACAUGUGUCAAAAACGGAGGCACCCACUUUUUGGCGGAGAUCGCAUCUCGGGAAUUCAUGGACAACCUCGUUUCAUUGCUAAAAUCUGAAGGCGCCCCUUUGAAUUCAGACGUUCAAGGAAAGAUGUUAGAGCUCAUUCAGAACUGGGCCAUGGCGGCACAGGGUCGAAUGGACUUGAUGUACGUGGGGGAUACAUAUCGCAAUCUCCAGAGCGAGGGGUACCGUUUUCCACCAAAGACCGAAAUGAGCGGCAGUAUGCUGGAAAGCAGUGCUCCCCCCGAGUGGAUUGACUCUGAUGUCUGUAUGCGAUGCCGAACAGCCUUUAGUUUCAUGAAUCGCAAACAUCAUUGCCGAAACUGUGGCAAUGUUUUCGAUGCUCAAUGUUCCAGCAAGACCAUCCCAUUGCCACAUCUCGGAAUAUUGCAGCCUGUCAGGGUGGAUGAUGGAUGUUAUGCCAAGUUGAACUCCAAGUCGUUUGCGCCACCGGGCGUGUCGGAUCGAUCUACGUUUAAGAACAACUCGAUCACUAAGUCUAGCUCAAUGGAGCCUCGAGCAGCUAGAGCGGAUACCGGAUUUGAUGACGAUUUGCGACGCGCAUUACAGAUGAGCCUUGACGAGGCCGAGGGCAGAGGCACUUCGGGAUUCGUACCCCAGACGGGCAACACCCCAGAAACGGCUAAGCCUGCUCCUGCACCAGUCAACCCGGAAGAGGAGGAAGAUGCAGACCUUAAGGCUGCGAUUGAGGCAUCAUUGCGAGAUAUGGAACAGCACAAACAAAACCAUGCAGCGGCAUUGAAGAAUGUUCCCACGCCAAGUUCUGCGUUCCGUGAUUCCUCAAGCACGCCAACUCCCCUACCCAAAAAUCCUUACGAACUCACACCUGUCGAAGCCGAGAACAUCCAUCUAUUCUCAACGGAGCCACAGAUUCAGGAGUUGUAUGAGAGUAUCGGUUCUCUUCGACCGAAGUUGGCCCGUAGCUAUGGAGAGACUAUGAGCAAGCAUGACACGCUACUCGAUCUACAUGCCAAGCUCUCAACGGUCGUGAGAUAUUACGAUCGAAUGUUGGAAGAACGUCUUUCCAAUGCUUAUCCUCAUCAUGGCCUUGGCUAUGGAGCUGUUCCUGGCGCAACUCAAUAUCCCAAUAUCCAGCCAGGGUUUGUUCCCCAAGCCCCUGAUGCACAAGCUGGAGCGGAGAAUUUCUAUUACGGAAACCAGAUGGACAGCUCUCGCCCACCAACCGCCAUGUAUGCACCUCAGACGGCGAAUGUCGAGGGAUAUGGAGGUGGAUUUGGCACUGGCCCCGGCGCCUACGUAUCGCACACUCCACAUGGAGGUCAGCCGACCGAGGCUCCCAACCAGAACUGGGGUGGAAACCCUUACCCAUCUCUCGGGGCACAGUCACCCAAUGCUGCUCCCAACAACUACACAACUGCACCCGCCCCAAGUGCUCCGUCUCAGUACUAUACUGGACCAACUGAUGCAGAGGCGAACAAGUCACCAGUCACCGAGCCUCCAUAUCAACCAUCGCCUAUCAUGCGACGAGACUCUCAGUAUCAACCUAGUGCACCUCCAGGCGGAUCUGCCGUGCCCGAACAGUCAAACAUUACCGGGUAUGCACAGCCUGGUUACUCGGUACCUCCUAGCGCUCCAGCACCUCACCAGCAAGCAACCGGUUCUACUCCUCACCCGCAGUCCUUUUACUACUCCCAACAGUCCCAACCUGCACCACCUGUUUACCCACCAAUUGCCACUGGGCAACCAAGCACGUAUGCACCCGAAGCCCCCACUCAAGCACCGUAUCAGCAACCGCGACCCGUGGAGGAGAGUUUGAUCGAGCUGUAG